AUGAAACGUUCAACAUAUUGGAUGUUAAGUACUAUCUACAUUUACGCUCAAUUAUUGGGAAUUUUGAAUUUCUGCUACAAUUGUCAUACGGGUAGAGCCCAUAUUAAACCCUACAUAACGGCCUAUUCUGCCAUAAUUAGUUUAACAAUGUUCGGAGUUUUAACGUAUUUUCUUUUACAUAUGGAAAUUAAAAAUCAUCCCGCCGGCAGUGCAGAACUACAUUAUAAACUAAAUCUUUUAACAUCGAUCAUACGUGUAGUUGGUGUUAUAUUAACAGUUUUCUACAAUUGGACUAGACGUCGGGAGUCUGUGCAAUUAAUUAAUACAUAUCAACAAUUUUGCAGAAGAUUUUUAAAGAAAUGGCAAGUGGAAGAAAGAUUUAUGCAAUAUCUGGAACAUGGAAUAAGAGUCAAAUUGAAACGUUCAUUUAUAGCAGAUGUAUUAGUGUACGUAAUUAUAUAUCAACAUUUAGGUGUUAUAUUUGAUAUGGAGAAUAGUUAUAUAUUAUUAGCCUUGGCUUUAAUACCUACAGUUCUAAAUGUAGUUAUGACUUUAUAUUAUUUUGCCAUUUUAAACAUCAAUAUUUUAAUGACAAUUAUCAAUGAGGAAAUUAAAAGAAUUUUAAAUAUAAUUUGUGAAACUGAAAAAGGAAAUUGUGUAAAAUACUGUCAUUUAGCUGAUCAAUUGGACGACUUGGCAGUGGCUCAAGGAAUAUUUAAAACUUUUUUGAAACACAUUAAUAAAAUAUAUAAUGUGCAAGCGAUUUGUGUAGUGUUGGAUUUAUAUGUGAAUAAUAUUUUUGUGAUUUAUAUAUUUGCCAUGUUAUCCAAUCAUCUCGAUAUAUGGGCCUAUUAUGGCGAUUGGGUGGUAUAUUUUGUACCAGUUGCACUUUUUAUAUGGUACCUAGACAUACAGUUAUAUAUAUACGUCAUGCUAAAUACCGUUGAUUUGAUGAAGAAAACUGGAGAGUUAUUAAAAGGUCGACCAAUUUGGACUUCUAAUUUAAAUGAUCGUUUAGAGAGAAGUCUCGACAACUUUUCCCUGCAACUUGCUCAAUUUCCUUUGGAAUUCGAUCUGGUAGGAUUAUUUAACAUGAAUCGUCCUAUGGCUUUUGCUACUUUUAGUUCGACGAUAUCGAAUGCUAUUGUUUUAAUACAAUACGAUUUAAAGUAUACGAAAAGAAAUUAAAUAACAUAUUAUAAAUGUAAAAUUAAUU